UGAAACCGGAGAUUGUUGGUGAAGAAGGCUGACUUAACGAGUCUUCUUCAUACACCGCUGUUAACAUCAUUGGCUUAUUGCAUGGUGUGGACAAAACAUGGGCAACGUCAUUAACAAGCUGUGUUGUUGUGGUGGUGACUUUAGGGACAAAUUGUUAAACCUUUGUGGUUAUAACAGGAAGAACAAAGAUUCGUUUAAUGAAUCAGAGACGUCAUCUUUAAUCGAUGACGAUGAUCAGCAUUCAAAGGACAAAGAAUCGAUGUACGGAACAACACCACCAAUGUUACCAUCGCCAUCACCAUCGCCAAUCAAGAAGAGACACUCUAAAUUCGAGCAAACGAUUCGAUCAUGGAUUCCUGGGCAACGAAACGAAUAUAAUAAGCCAACAAUACAAUCGCUUAAAUAUGACAAAGAACGCCUUGAAACUGAAGUAAAAAAGCUACAGAACAGGAUUGAAGAAGAACAGGUGGAAAGACAGACUCUUUUUUCUGAGAAAGAGGGCUUGAUACACGAGUUAGAAGAACUGAGGACAAGGCUGAGUGCUGUAAUAAGUGCGCAGGUGACCGACUCAAACCCAAAUAUUGCCGACUUGAGCGACAAGCAUAGACCAACCCAACUGGCUGAAAGAUACUCGGAACUCUACGAUAAUCAGUGGACCGAAUGUUACGAUGGGUUGACGAAUAUUCUGAAAUGGGAAGACAAAGAAUCUAUGAAAUGGAUAUUGGGCUUAUUUAUUAAUAUAUUCCAAACGUGUGAGGAAAAAGCUUCCAAGGAUUUGGAGCAAUUAAGAAAAAUAUUGAAAGAGUUUCAGUCAGGUACUACAGAAACUUUGAAAACGCUGAAAGACAAGAGAAAGAAAUCUUCGAUGGUACCCAAGGACCAGAUUACGGCUAAAUUGGACGGUCGUUUUGCCGAGAAUAAACAAGCUAUCGACAUAGCAGAGAAUUUUAUCAACGAAAGUGUUGAGCUUUGCUGGCUGAUGGCUGUACAAGACCCACCAGUUUAUGUGGACACUUCCGUCAACACGCAUGGGCAAACGCUGGACACCAACCAUUACAAGUAUUACACACAGAAAGGCAAACUGGUUGACUAUGUCGUUUGGCCUGUGUUGUUUCUCACAAUAAAAGGUCCUUUGCUAUCGAAAGGCAUAGCACAGGGAUUGGUUGAAGAAAGGCAAAGUGAAGAAAACCAAACAAUGAUAAAAGACAGUGGUGAAGACACUCCUGAGAGCACAAAACUUUAGAGCCAAGGUGUUUGGAUUCAUUUUCUACUAAAAGUGAAAUUGCAUUAAAUAAGGUCCUUUGUUAUCGAAAGGCAUAGCACAGGGGUUUGUUGGUCAAAUGCAAAGUGAAGAAAACGAUCAAUAAUAGAAGGCAGUGGAGAAAACACUGAAACAAUUGAGAUCACACAGUUUAAGAGCGAAUGCGUUUGGGAUCAUACUCUAAUAGAAAUGAUAUUGAAUUAAAUAUCCUAUCAUUAAUUUGUGUAACAUUGUUUCUUAUAAAAACGUUCUAUUAUCUUUGUUAAAACAUUAGUAUUUAUGUAUUCAAAAUCUCUGGUUAUAUGAAUUUUGUGUUUAUUUAUUGUAAAUAAUAAUUCAGUUGUGUUUAUAUUCUUUGAGACCCAAAACACGAACAUGCGUAAGGAAUAACUGUUGUUAUACAAUGGCAUUUUAUGGCAUACAUUUUAUGGAAUAUUAAUAAUGGGUAAUCAAUUCAAUUAAAUGUUACCAUUAGAAUAAAGCAACUUUCUAACA